GUGUGUGAGAGAGGGUUCAGUGUGAGAGAGCGCUCUGCUGUGUGAGAGAGCCGUGCUACGCUGCGGUGUGUUCAGGCUGUGACGGCACGAGACGGCACGCGUGUGCAUUUAUGGUCUGGAACGGAAACGCUAGACAGGGAGAAAGUUUAACACGUGCGCGUGUGUUUACUUCCAGUUUGAACUUGUUCUGGAUCACAUGUGAAGAGACGUGAACUAUUUCACCAAGGAAUGAAAACACCACAAACAGCUCGAGCAUAUUCUGCGUUCAGGUUUAUUUCCUAGGAUUUAAACAAAUCCUUUUUUGUUUAGAAAAUGAAGAACUUUAUGAACUUGUGAUUAAUGAUGCUUUGUGGGAGUUUUAAAUUCCGUGCCAUUCCCAUGGCAUGGCAAGUGAUAUUCGAGGUGCUCCUGUGCCAACUUGUGGCUGCAGCUUUCCCGCUGGAGAUUGGCGUUUACGAUGGCGAGUGGGGCAGGCCGGCAAAAUGCGAGCCGAUCACCAUUCCCAUGUGCCAAGGAAUUGGGUACAACAUGACAAGGAUGCCUAACUUCUUGAAAUACGAUAGCCAAGUGGAGGCAAGUAUAAAACUCAGAGAAUUUGCUCCUCUGGUGGAAUAUGGCUGUGAUGCCCAUCUUCGCUUCUUCCUGUGUUCUUUGUAUGUGCCUAUGUGUACGGACAAAGUGUCCAACACUAUCCCUGCAUGCCGGCCUAUGUGCGAGCAAGCGAGACAGAGGUGCUCGCCUAUUAUGGAGAAAUUCAGUUUCAGCUGGCCGGAUUCAUUGGACUGUUCAAAGCUGCCAAAGAGUAAUGACCCUAAUUCACUGUGCAUCGAGGCUCCAGAGAAUGACACAGUGCCUGAGACUAGGAAAGGGGAGGGCAUGCUGCCGGUACCCGCCAGACCCAGGCAGUCAGGCAGCGGGCAUGGACAAACAUCUGGAUCUUGCGAGAACCAGGAAAAGUUCCAGUAUGUUGAGAGGAGCAAGUCAUGUGCGCCACGAUGCACCCCAACCGUGGACGUGUUCUGGUCCAGACAGGACAAGGACUUUGCUUUUAUCUGGAUGGCCGUGUGGUCUACUCUUUGCUUCGUCUCGACUGCUUUCACAGUCCUCACCUUCCUCUUGGACCCACAGCGCUUCCAGUACCCUGAGAGGCCUAUUAUUUUUCUCUCCAUGUGCUACAACGUAUACUCUGUGGCUUUUAUUAUCCGCUCUGUGGCAGGAGCUGAGAACAUCGCCUGUGACAGAGAAAACGGGCAGCUUUACAUCAUACAAGAGGGCUUAGAGAGCACAGGCUGUACCAUAGUCUUCCUCAUCCUGUAUUACUUUGGCAUGGCCAGCUCUAUCUGGUGGGUCAUUUUGACAGUUACCUGGUUUCUUGCAGCUGGCAGGAAAUGGGGGCAUGAAGCCAUUGAGGCUCACAGCAGCUACUUUCACAUGAUUGCCUGGGGCGUCCCGGCUUUGAAGACCAUAAUCAUUCUCACUAUGCGCAAAGUGGCAGGCGACGAGUUGACCGGACUAUGCUACGUCGGAAGUAUGGACACGAAUGCUUUAACUGGGUUUGUUCUCAUCCCUCUGUCCUGCUAUCUGAUCAUUGGCACCUCUUUUGUCCUCACCGGGUUUGUUGCGCUCUUCCAUAUCCGUAAGAUCAUGAAAACCGAGGGCACCAACACAGAAAAGCUGGAAAAGCUGAUGUUUAAGAUCGGGAUCUUCUCGGUCCUUUACACCGUCCCUGCAACAUGCGUGAUCAUCUGCUACUUCUACGAGAGACUCAACACGGACUACUGGAAGUUUAGCGCUCUGGAAAGCAAGUGCGUCUCAUUUCCCGGGCGAAGGGUCGAGGACUGUUCUCUGGAGUCUUCCGUGCCUGCUGUCGCCGUGUUCAUGCUGAAGAUAUUCAUGUCCUUAGUGGUGGGCAUCACCAGCGGAGUCUGGGUGUGGAGCUCAAAGACUCUCCAGACUUGGCAAGGCUUAUGCACCAGGAGGUUGUCGAUGAGGACGACGCACAAGCCCUGUCCUAACAUCAACUGCAGCAGCUCGCACUGCCAUUACAAAGUGACUUCCUUCCAUGGAAACAAAACUGAUUCGUUGGCAGACAGUCCUACGAGGGUUUGAUAAAAAGUGGUGGCAGCUUGGAUGAACGAGGUAGACAUUUUAGCCAGAGAAGAAACAAUAAAGGCAAAGGCUUUAACAGGUCAUGCUGAGUUGAUGGCACAGGUUUGUGGUGAACAUGUAAUGUAAAUAUAGGCAUCAAGUAAGUUCAAGCUGAAAUGUUUAUUUAUUGCAGCUAUUUAAGUAUUGUCACUGAAUGCACUAUACUGUACAUAAAAAUCGAUGCUCUGAAUAGCGGGGUGUAAGAAUUUGGAAAUAUUGUAUAUUUAAUUUUUUUGAUGGAAGAACAAUAAAAAUUCUAUAUAUAUUUUUUGCAA